AUGUAUUUGAUGUUGAAGGUUAAGCAGGAAGAAAACCGUGAUAAUUGUCAGAUUUCUGUUAGACUUGAAGGACUGGACAGAGUGUACCGAGACUUCCUCAAGGUGCAAGCGGAAAUCGAAAAAUGCGAUGAUGCGGAGAAUUUGGACACGCAUCUAGCGGAGCGAGUUGGGUUUGAGGCCAGAUAUUGUGUAGCUAAAGGUUUUCUGUUGUCCAAACGUGCAGAGGAUCACAACCAAAGUGUGCUCAAUACAACACCAGCUGUUCCGGGCAACUUCCAUCUUCGACUGCCACAAAUUGAUCUUCCCAAAUUCGCUGGGGAUUUCUCGAAGUGGCUGUCCUUUCGGGACACCUUCACAUCGAUGGUGCACUCGAACGCCGACAUUCCAAUUGUAGCCAAAUUGCAGUACCUGUUCCAGUCCCUCGAAGGAGAGGCACGUAAACCUUUCGAGACCGUAGACAUCGAAGCCGAUAAUUACGGUGCCGUCUGGGAGGCUCUACUCAAAAGGUAUGACAAUCGUCGUUUUCUCAAGAAACAGCUUUUCAGUAGCAUCUAUGACCUACCGGCGGUCAAAAAAGAAUCCGCCAACGAUCUGUAUGAGUUGGUGGAUGAGUUUCAGCGCCAAGUGAAGGCCCUCGCCAAGCUAAAUGAACCCAUCGACCACUGGGACACCCCCCUGGUGAAUAUCCUCUCCUACAAACUUGAUCCAGCUUCUCUCCGUGCGUGGGAGGAGAAAACCAGCCAGGAUGAUGACGUCAAAUACAACGAUUUAGUUGAGUUUUUGUACCAGCGUGUGCGCAUCCUGAAGUCCGUAGCAUCUGAUAUGUCCCAUCGUUCCCAACCCAGCCAAGCAAAGGUGGCCGGCAAUAUUUUGCCUCCAAAAAAGCAGCUUUCGUCCAAGUUCGCCGCCAGUGUGGUAUCAUCCGAUAGUAAAUCAAACGUUCCAUCAUGUUUCGCUUGCUCCGAACGGCACUUUCUAUUCCAGUGCCAAACAUUCGCCAAGAUGCCCGUCAGCCAAAGAAGAGAGCUGAUAUCCCAAAGGAAGUUUUGCUGGAAUUGUUUCCGAACCGGCCAUAAUGCUAGAAGCUGCUCAUCUAAGUUUUCCUGCAGAACGUGUCGCGAUCGCCACCAUACAUUGCUGCACGAUCCCAUCCAGACUGUUGAGUCUUCUGCUGCUCCUGCCGUGAUGUCGAAACCCCAUGACGUGAUGUCCAAUUCUGCCCUGCUGGCCAUUCCGGGACCGUCUUCCGCCUCCCAACAAGUUAGCAUCUCGGUUCAAUCACAAGCCAGCACGGUUCUCCUACAGACGCUCAAAGUUGUCGACGAUCACGGGAAGGCUUUCGAAGCAAGAGCUCUGUUGGAUUCCGGUUCAAUGUCGAACUUCAUGUCAUCAGAGCUUGCCAAUCUCCUUGCCAUCUCUCAAUCCAAAGUCGAUGUAUCCGUUGAAGGAAUUGGCCAAUCCCAUCGCAAGUUGCAUCGUGCCAUCGCCGCCACAGUCUGUUCCAGAGUAGGAACUUUCUCCACGAAACUUCAUUUCUUCGUCAUCGACCACCCCACCGCCAAUUUGCCUACUAUCGAAGUCAAGCUUUCCUCCUGCAAACUUCCCAAGGUCGAAUUAGCCGAUCCGUUAUUCUAUGCCCCGAACAAAAUCGACCUCGUCAUUGGCGGCGAAGUAUAUUGGGAUCUCCACACGGGCAAGAAAGUUUCCCUGGGUCCUGGCUUGCCCUACCUCAUCGAAACCCAUUUCGGUUGGACCUUAUGUGGCUCGACAUCACCAGCACCUGUCGGGCCAGUAGCGUGUCAGCUAUCCAGUUCUGACGCCCAACUGGAUGCCACUCUCCAAAGGUUUUGGGAGAUCGAGACGAUUCCCAAACAAUCCGUACACUCCGCUUCCGAAAGGAUUUGUGAAGCAUUCUACGCUACAAUCACUUCAGAGAUCCAAGUGGGCGAUACAUCGUUCGUCUACCCAGAACAGAAAAUCCCCGAAUCGAAUUGGGAGAGUCAGGGAUGA